AUGGACGAUUCCAUGGAUGUGGAUUAUUUCAAGCGACAGCCAAGAGAGUCAUCAUGGGACGAACAGGCAUCGAUCGUUAAUUCGGAAACCAGCGCGAUCUUGGGAACGACUUGGGGAACUGAUGGAAUUGCGACGCCAGUCACAGCAGAGACUUCGCAGAUGGCAGCAAGCCACAAUCUGGCUGCGGAAGCUGCUUCAUUGCCUGAAGGGUUGUUGGAAAGUUUGGCUGGGAGUGCGUCGAUAACACCUGCAUCGUCGGCGACUACAAGCGACACGACAUCAGCCAUGCCCUCCUCAAUCAGCAGUCUAUCCGUGGUGUCUGAAACCAGUAUACCAAUGACUAUAACGUUGACAUUCCCAACUGCAUCCUCAGAGACAGCCAUGACUCUCUCCGGCACAGUGGUCAGUACUACCACUACUAGUUCUAGUGCCCUCGAGACCGGGACAGCAGCCCCCGGCGCCUACUCCGGUGGAGGCGACUCGGUCAAAAACAAACUCGCCAUCGCUCUGCCCAUCGCUAUAGUCGGUCUCCUCGUCAUUCUAGCUCUGAUAUUCUUCUUUGUUCGUCGUCGGAAGCAUCGCAAAGCCCGUCCUCCAUAUGAAAUGUCAGAUACCAAAACACCAGGCGUCUCAACCGCCGCUCUCAUGACUACUACGCCCAAGAUCGCCAUCACUUCUCCCCAACCAGCGACAGUAAAUCUGUCCCGACUACCAGUAAUCGAUGUGAUGAGAAGUCAAGACCACGAACACGCCCCCAGGCCCGGUUCCGCAUCUGCACGCUCAGAUGACGAUCCACGCACGGAACUGGGAGUCGCCGUGGCCGUCCCGAUGGACCAACGACUCAGCGCGACGGAGCAUGAUCUACGUGAGUUUAGUCGCCCGGUAUCAUCGGCCAGUCACCGUGUCAGUGCUGGACCGCCUAGUGGUGGGCUGGCGAGUGUGCGGAUGCCAUUUGAGAAUCAGAGUAGUGAUGAGACUGAUGCGGUGUCGAUUGUUUCCGGGGAGCAUGGGCGGACGGAUCAUGAACGUGAUUUUGAUGACAUGUCUUCUGUUUCGUCUUUUGAUGAUGAGCAUCCGCGGAUCUCAUGA